UCGGUACAUAACACGGGCGGGAGUCUCAAAGUGAACGGUGCGGUCAUUGAGUUCAAUGAGUGCGACUCAUUGGUGCUAAUACUGAGCGCCGGCACUGAUUAUGUAUUAGACGACUCGAAAAAGUUUAAGUCCGGCGAAGACCCUCUCAAUCACGUGAACGACUGGAUCUCAAAGGCGUCCCAAAAGUCAUACGACGACCUCCGGAGUCAACACUUGAAUGACUUCCACGGGUGGUUAAAUCGUGUUGACCUGGAUUUGGGACAGUCGUCGGACCAGCAGAAAGGGAUGCCUACAAUUAAACGUAAGGUCGAAGCGGUCAAUAAAUUUGAUCCCGACUUCGAGGAAACCUUUUUCCAAUUCGGACGGUAUCUCAUGAUAUCGUCGUCCCGUCAAAUACUUCCCGGCAAUUUACAGGGCCUAUGGAACGACAAUAAUAGCCCGGCCUGGCACGCAGACUAUCACAUGGAUAUUAAUAUAGAAAUGAACAACUGGCCCGCAGAGAUAACUAACCUUGCUGAAUGUCAUAUGCCACUAUUCAAUCUGAUUCGCAGUCAACUGAAUAGUUGGCGCAAAUGUACGCGAAAAUCAGAUGUAUUGCUCACACCUCUGGGCAAACACUCAUCAAAAGGUGUGGCCGUUGCCGGUCAGCACAAUAUCUACGGAGGAAUGGGAACAAAAAUGGACUGGGAUAAGACAAACACGGCUUGGUAUGCGCAACACUUUUGGGAACAUUACGCGUUCGGAAUGGAUAAGACAUUCCUGAAGGACAUCGCCUACCCUUUCCUGAAAGAGGUGUCGGAGUUUUGGGACGAACAGCUCAAGACUGUUACGAAAGGCACUAAAGAACAGAUCGGAAAACUGGUUGUCCCUAACGGGUGGUCAUCAGAACACGGACCCCAUGAGGACGGAUGCAGUUAUAAUCAGGAA